UGCCAUUCGUCCGAAAGCAAAAAAAAAAAAACGCAGAGAGAGAGGGAGGGAGGGAGACGAGAGAGGAGAGAAGGAAACCGACGAAAUCCUCUCGCAUCUAGGGUUUCAGAAACCCUAAUCGGUUUAUCUAUCCCUUUUAUCUCUCUCCAACGCCCUACAUUCUGAAAAUCCCUAGAAUUUCCAGCCUAGGUUUCUUCCACGCACUCCUCGAUCUGCAUUAUAGGGAUUUUCUGGAGAGAAAACGGGGGAUUUCUAGGGUUUAUAGCUGCGGAAGAAUAGAAGCCUCUGAAAUCGCGUUUUUUUCCCUGAAAUUUCUAGACAUUUGUUCCGUUUUCCUGUUUGUAGAGGCGGAUCCAACCAUCGGAGAUCUCCCAGGAAUUUGAGUUUUUCCUCUCAUCUUUGGAGACAUCUACAGUUUUUUUGUUUUGCUCGGAUCGGAGCUCAAUCAGCGCGGAAGCUCGGAUCUCUCGAGUUUCCAGACCUUUGGCUUGCUCAUUUUCACUGAAUUUUUGAGGAUAAAACCAUGGUACUGUGGGUUUUUGGUUAUGGUUCAUUGGUAUGGAAUCCAGGAUUUGAAUACGAUGAGAAAGUGAUAGGCUACAUCAAGGAAUACAGGCGUGUCUUUGAUCUUGCUUGCUUUGAUCACAGAGGUACGCCAGAAAACCCAGCUAGAACUUGCACCUUGGAGGCCAAAGAAGGAGCCAUAUGCUGGGGUGCUGCAUUUUGCGUGAGAGGAGGCCUAGAAAAGGAAAGAGCAGCAAUGGAGUAUCUGGAGAGAAGAGAAUGUGAGUAUGAUCAGAAGACAUCUGUAGAUUUCUACAAGGAGGGAGAGAAUCUAAAGCCUGCAGUAACGGGAGUUUUGGUAUUCACGUCCACUCCUGACAAAGAAGCAAACAAGUACUACUUGGGACCAGCACCAUUGGAGGAAAUGGCGAGACAAAUAGCAGUUGCUUCCGGCCCUUGCGGGAACAAUAGAGACUACCUGUUCUCAUUAGAGAAGGCCAUGUUCAAUAUUGGUCAUGCAGAGGAUUCGGUGAUAGAGCUUGCUAACGAAGUGAGGAAGGUGCUCGGUAUAGGGGUGGGGCGGCCGAAAGAGAUGAAGAAGAUAGGUGGGGCUCACAUCACUGCCAUAUCCGAGUUCCCACACAUGCACCUCAUCCCCCGUCCAGAAGCCAUUGUCAUGGACUCUUCAUGAGAUAAAAAAAGAUGUGAAAGAAAAAAGAAACAAGAGCAAAGGGAUCACCAUGUCUGAUCUAUCUUUCUAUCUUUAACUUAUUUUUGUGUUUUUUCUUCUUUUUUAGCAAAUUGUUAUUUGCUAUUAACACCUUCCUUUUUUUGUUCAAUGGAAAAGAAAAGCCCAGAAUGAAGAGAUGCCACUAACCUUUAUGAUACGAAGGUCUUAAAACUAAUGUAACAGUCCCUUGUUUCUUACUGAAAUGAAGAAAAGGAAAUCCAUGGUUUUCCUUAAAAGUC